GGCUUUGCUGCUCAAGGCGUUUCGACCAUGGGGGUGUCCAGCCAUGCCGAGCACUUUGGCAGUCCGUGGUCCUGGUUUCCCAGAAGACGCACCCAGAAAGGUGAACUAUAGAGCUAUUGGUCGCGGAAACGGAGGCGUUGUGAAAAAGCGAACGCCCACCUUCAUCAAGGACGUGGAUCCGCCAACGCCCAGCAGUGUACCAACCAAGUACCAGACCAUUUUGUACAGAAACAAUCGCGAACAGAAAGGGUUUCUUGGCAACUCACCUCGCUUUCCAACACCCAGAGCAGAGUUGACCCCAGGCCCAGGACUGUACACGACUGACGAGCCUCUAGAUGGACCGCCUCCAGAGCCUAUGCGCGGAAGAGGUCCCUUCGCCUCACGCACUCCGCGAUUGCCACAUCCAUCGAAGGCUCAUGGCUAUGUGCCACCUGGCCCUGGAACCUAUGCAACCGCCACAACUGCCUUGGAUGUAAGGGAUUCUUCCCCAAGUGCAUCGUUUGCCUUACCUGGUGCAGGGAAUCCUGCAAAAUAUUUUGCAGAAACAGAGCCAGGUCCAGGAAGCUAUUUGGGCACUGCACUGGUACCUUCUGGAAGAUCAGCUGGGGCUGCUGUGUUUGGAAGCAGUCCUCGCAACACUCUGCAAGACAACAUUUACCUGGAUGUGCCGGGGCCAGGGCAGUAUGAUCAGGUCGAUGCCGAGGAGAGGAUGAGAAGCACAGAAAGGCCAAGCCCAAAGCAUUUGGUGAACGAGCCUUUCGAUACAGAAGCGGCCCAAUUUCGAAAAGGCAAUGACUUAUUGAAAGGACCGGACAAAGAGCGAGAACGAAGCACUUCUCCUGGCCCAGGCCAGUAUUACCCGCAACUGGAUGUGGUAAAGGGGAAGACAAAUUUCAGCGCUCGUGGUCAUAGCUCCUUCCAAAUUGGAAAUUCACAUCGGCCCCGAAGAUGGAGAGAUACCCUCCCCGGACCGACAGAUUAUAUGCCAGCCAUGCCGUCUAUGGAGUCAUUGACGAAAGCGAAUCCAGGAGCAGCAGGUUUGAGCACACUUGUCUCCAAGACUCAACGCUUUUCAAAGCUUUCUCCUCGUGCACCAGGCCCUGCCUACUACGCGCCACAAAAUCACAGUGGUCAAAUGUCCUUCCAUUUGAAUAUGGAAAACACAUGGGUUGCGUAGGGCAAAUAUUGAAAGCUGUAUGGGCCCUUAGGCAUAGUUGGGACAUGUUGGGACUUCUUCGAAUUGAAGGAGCCCAUGGCUUGUGUCACCCUACGCAGUCGCGAGAAUUUGGCAACAAGGCUGAGCGAGAAUCGCCCAGACCAUGCCCAGACCAUGAUAGUGUGAGUUAGACGUUUCACCCACAUCACACAAUUUAGUACAGCGAAAUGAGCGCCAUCAACAGUGAAGCUCUUGUUGCAACCAAUGGCUCCAACUUAAGCCUUCAGCCAACCGUUUGGG